UCCGGUGCGCGCCUCCUCAAACGGAGCUAGAAGCAGCGCGUUAACAAAUAAAACAAUAAUUAGUAUAGAUAUGAGCCAUGGUAGUGUUUGAAAUUUGUUUUUGAAACAUUGAAGGAACAAACACCAGCAACGUCGAUGGUUUCCAGCUGUUACUUGCUCGUCGGUUAGCCUGGCUAACCCUUUAUGCUGCCAGAAGCUGGUCAGUUACUAGCUAACAGGUUCGACUUCCAGCUAGCUUAAAGGAGAAAUAACCUUUCAGGUCUUCGCUUUGAGAGCUGCAAACUACCACAGACAUGCAGGAGUUACUGGCCAACGUGGACCACAUCAAGUUUGACUUGGAGUUUGCUGUGGAGCAACAGUUAGGGGCACAGCCGCUGCCUUUCCCUGGCAUGGAUAAGUCUGGGUCGGCUGUGUGUGAGUUCUUCGUUAGAGGAGCAUGUAUGAAAGGUGGGAUGUGUCCUUUCCGUCACAUUAGCGGAGAGAAGACGGUAGUGUGCAAACACUGGCUCAGGGGGCUGUGCAAGAAGGGAGACCAGUGCGAGUUUCUCCAUGAAUACGACAUGACCAAGAUGCCUGAAUGCUACUUCUACUCAAAAUUCGGGGAGUGUAGCAACAAGGAAUGCCCCUUCCUGCACAUUGAUCCAGAGUCAAAGAUCAAAGACUGUCCUUGGUAUGAUCGAGGAUUCUGUAAACACGGUCCUGACUGCAGACACAGACACACAAGAAGAGUAAUCUGUGUAAACUACCUGGUGGGCUUCUGUCCUGAAGGGAAAUCCUGUAAAUUCAUGCACCCUCGGUUUGAGCUGCCGAUGGGAACAUCUGAACAGCCCCCUCUCCCACAGCAAGCACAGAACCAGAGCAAGACUGGGUCCACCGUCAAUCGCUCGUCCCUCUCUCUCAUCCAGCUGACCAACACCAGUCCCAUCCAGCGGCAGCCGAAUAACAUCAACUCUGGUGUUCAGCAGAACAACAUGGGCAUGAACAGAGGGCCUCGCCCUCUGGACCAGGUCACCUGCUACAAGUGUGGAGAGAAGGGCCACUAUGCCAACAAAUGUAAUAAAGGUCACCUCGCCUUCCUGAGCGGACAAUAGCCUUCAGGUCUAAACACCAUGGUAACCAGUCUCCCUGGAUGGAACAGCAGCACGAACAGCUCCAGGUUAUGAACAUGGAGGAGCAUCUAACCAUGUGGAAACGCAGGCAGUGUGAAAGGAAAACCGAACUGUUUACUGCCAUUGAAAAACAGGAACGAUUCAUUUUACAGAAGAUAAAAUCAGAUGUUCAAGAUUCAGAUCUUCUUGUGCUGGACACUUCUUGUAAAAUGGAGGAAUAAAUGAAAUGCAGAUGGUCCCUUUGACAGCGUCUCUGCACAGCAUUGCCGUCGCUUUAUUACUGUACAUCUAAGGCCAUGUGGUGGCGCCUAAUGUCUGACUGCAAAGCAUCAGGAACUGAGAACUACAGUCUCCACCGUCGAUGCGAGAACCUAAAGCCUUCUGGGGAGGUUUUAUCACCUCAGCUGGGAUUCUGCUAUUUAAUGCCAACUGAUGCAGUCUGGAUUUUGUGGUCUGUACCAUUAAAGGCAUUUUUUUGUCAAA